AUUACCGUGAAGGGUAUGAUAUGGCCCAGCCCUACUCUCAGGUGAAGCCUUCUCACAUCACUCUAAAGCCAUUGUGUCUGCUCUCAAUACAACCACUGUGGAAAGAGACAGUCCUCCACAAGGUGUCAUAUUGCAUCCUCUCCUUUGUUGUUGUGGGUUUGGUUACAUGACUGGCUCCUCCCCAGCCAGGACAGCUGAUCCUUUACAGCCGGACUCACCUGUGAAAGCUGCUCCAGCAACAACAAUCACUCUCACCAUCAGCGACGAGAAGAGACCAACUGAACAACUGAUCUCCAGUGGACACCAUGGCCUCUGCUCUCUCUGUGCGCUCAGUGCGGCAGCCCUCCUUCUCCAACAUCUCUGUGAGGGGCAGUGGACGCAGCAUCCGCUCCAAACCCUCUGUCUCCAAUCUUUCCUCGAUCGCCACUAUGUCACGCUCCCUCUCUCUGGGCAAUGGCCUCAAUGUGCUGGGCUCCAGCCUCUCCAUCAACGGCCUCAGCAUCAGCGAGAAGGAGACCAUGCAGGGCCUGAACGACAGGCUGGCCAACUACCUGGACAAGGUGCGGUCGCUGGAGAAAUCCAAUGCUGAGCUGGAAGUGAAGAUCAAGCAGCUUAUGGUGGACAGAGCUCCAAAAGGGUACGACAUUGAGGGGAUGAUGGCACAGGCCCAUGCCAUUGGACAGGAGGUGAGAAGGAAGACACUGGAGAAUGCCCGUAUAAUGCUGGAGAUUGAUAAUGCCAAGCUGGCGGCUGAUGACUUCAGGGUCAAAUGGGAGGCAGAGGCCACCUUGUGCCAGUCAGUGGAGAGGGACUGUCAGGCUCUGAGGAGAGCAAAGUCAGACCACGACCAGAUCAUCGCCACUCUCCGAGGAGACCUGGACAGCCUGAAGGAGGAGCUCUACUUCCUCAAGAAGAAUCACCAGGAGGAAAUGAACUCCCUGAAGGCCCGUCUGGACAAUGAGCAGGUGAACGUGGAGGUGGAUGCGGCUCAAAGUCCUGAUCUUGGGGCCAUCUUGGCUGAACUCAGGGUCCAAUAUGAGGGCAUUGUUCGCAAGAACAAGGAGGAGGCCGAGUCUUGGUACCUGAAGAAGUUAGAGGCAGUACAGUCGGAGGUCAAAGAAAGCAACGAGGCUUUGCGUUGUGCCCAAAGUGAGCUCAGUGAGAGGCGGCGUUUCCUUCAGGCUCUAGAAGUUGAGCUUGAGAGCGUUCGUAAACAGGUUAGCGUGUUAGAGGGAAACCUUGGAGAAUCGGGACACAAGUACUCUGUGGACAUGGACCGUCUUCAGGCCAUUCUGACACAGCUGGAGGAUGAGCUGUCUCAGCUGCGUUUGGACAUGCAGCGCAACAAGACUGACUACGAACAGCUACUACGCAUCAAGCAGAACCUGGAGAUGGAGAUCGCCACUUACAGGAGGCUGCUGGAAGGAGAGGAUGUGUAAGCAAGUAGAAA